AUCAUCAUUAUCAUUCGUUUGUGUCCCGUCAGUGUUCGUUGUCGCGGUUUGUAUUAGUGAGUGGGUAUGCGAAAUUGAUUUUUUUUUGUGGUUUCCUCGAACAGUUUGACUGAAAGAGUGUCAAUUGCCGAGAUUUUUCUCGUCGCUGGAUCCGAAACGUUCAGACAACCGUCGUUGCGCGCGCUAUGUUGUACCGCCGUUCAUUUACAUUUAACGAUCACACGUCGUUAAUCGGCAGUGAUUGACGCGCGAUUCACCAUCCGGACGGGGCCGUCUUAUCAUUGAUCCAUUGAGUUCUAUAUUAUUUUGACGACAAAUACUUGCCAGAGUCGGAGCUCGUCUGUAGCAGUGCGAUCCAUUAUCGUCGACGUCUGUACGCGACUAUCAGGACCGUCCUCCGUAGUUAUGCCACUUAUAUGAACUUAAAUGCCAUGGGUGAAGGCAACCAGAGGUACAUAGUGCAAGUGUUUGUGGGUGCUUUAUCACAAUGCUAUGAAGCACUCAGUGUGGAGGCUAGCAAACAAACUUCUUCUGAUGAGAUUGUUAGCUGUAUAGUGGAACGACUCUCUUUAUCAGGGGGUUGUGGAACUACUUGCAAUAGUGCGUUUGAGCUAGCUGAGGUGGUUGGUGAUGCUCUUGGACGAGAAUGUAAGGAACGCAGACUUGGUCCUACAGAAUGUCCUGUUGCUGUUAUGCUGUUAUGGCCCCAACCUCGUAGGCACACUCAACAAGAAGAAUAUUAUAGAUUUUAUUUGAGAGAAAAGUUAUCAGACAGUUUGUGGGCUGAUGGUUUUACUAUGGACCCACAACUUAUACGAGACUACUUCUAUAGAUUUCUUUAUCAACCACAAGAUCGAGAAUAUCCAGAUCUUUGUCAACUUCCUGAUCUCAAUGAACAAACACUUUUAGAUAAUCUAAGAGCUAGAUUUUUGGCUGGUCAUAUAUAUACUUAUGUUGGUUCCAUUUUAAUUGCAGUCAAUCCUUUUAAGUUUCAUCCCAUUUAUAAUCCAAAAUAUGUAAAACUCUAUCAAAAUCGAAGACUUGGUCCAGAGCUACCUCCUCAUAUAUUUGCCAUUGCUGAUGCUGCAUACCAUUGUAUGCUAAGGGAAAGACGUAAUCAGUGCAUUGUGAUAAGUGGAGAAAGUGGUAGUGGUAAAACAGAAUCUACAAAUUUUCUUUUACACCAUCUUACUGCUUUGAGUCAGAAAGGUAGUCAUGGUAGUGGUGUUGAACAAACUAUAUUAAGUGCUGGUCCAGUGUUAGAAGCUUUUGGAAAUGCUAAAACAGCCCAUAAUAAUAAUUCAAGUAGAUUUGGUAAAUUUAUACAAGUUAAUUAUAAAGAAAAUGGGAUGGUACAUGGCGCUGUUGUUCAAAAAUAUCUUUUAGAAAAAUCCAGAAUUUGUUCCCAGGGACAAAAUGAACGUAAUUACCAUGUAUUUUAUUACCUAUUAAAUGGAGCUAGUGAUUCAGAAAAAGAGGCAUUACAUUUACAUCGAGUAGAUUAUUAUAAUUAUUUAAAUGGGAGUGGAUGCUAUACUUUAGGAAAUUUAGAUGAAAAAUAUGAAUUCUCUAGAUUAAAGCAAUCUAUGGAAAUGGUAGGUUUCACACCUGAAAAGCAACGCCGAUUAUUUGCAGUUCUUUCAGCAGUUUUAUUGUUGGGUAAUGUCGACUUUCAACCUCGCAAGUCUGCUUACCAUCAUGAUGAAGCAGUUGCUGUAAGAAAUCCUGAAAUAGUGUUUUUAAUAUCACAACUCCUUAGGGUAAAACAGGAAACAUUAUUAGCUGCUUUAACUGCUAAACGUGCAAAAGCAUCUGGAGAAACAUUAGUGAUUAACUAUAAGUUACCUGAAGCUAUAGCAGCUAGAGAUGCAAUGGCUAAAUGUCUUUAUGGCGCUCUAUUUGAUUGGAUUGUAUUACAAGUAAAUCAUGCUUUACUUUCAAAAAAAGAUACUUUAAGAGAUCAUCAAGGAAAUUCAAUUGGAGUGUUGGAUAUAUUUGGAUUUGAAGACUUCGGUGCUUCAAAUAGUUUUGAGCAAUUUUGCAUAAACUAUGCCAAUGAACAUCUUCAAUAUUAUUUCAAUCAACAUGUAUUUAAAUAUGAACAAGAAGAAUACCGUAAAGAAGGAAUUAAAUGGAGUGAUAUAGACUUUUUAGAUAAUACUGGAUGUUUGCAAAUGAUUGAAGGCAAACCUAAUGGAUUAUUGUGUGUAUUGGAUGAUCAAUGCAAUUUUCCAGGUUCUUCUUCUGAAACAUUAUUACAAAAAUUUAACUCUGUUCAUAAAGAUAACAAAUUUUAUGAGAUGCCUCAACGUAAAGAAAAUGCUUUUAUUGUAAGACAUUAUGCAGGACGAGUUAAAUAUCAAGUUUUUGAGAUGAGAGAGAAAAAUUUGGAUCUUAUGCGACAAGACAUUGUAGGUGUAUUAAAAAAUAGUAGCAUGGCAUUUGUCCGAGAACUUGUUGGUGCAGAUCCAGUUGCAGUGUUCCGUUGGGCAAUUGUAAGGGCAUUUUUUAGAGGUUAUUUUUCAUUUCAAGAAGCUGGUCGUAGGCAUCGACAAAGCAGAGUUGAUGGUGUGAAAGCUUCAAGUAUAUCCUUACGUUUCAGAAAUAGUAUGCAAAACGACAGUUUAAUUAGGUACACUCCAAAAUUUUCCGUAAAUUCCACACCAUAUGGAGGUGGAUAUGUACUUAAUGUGGGUAAAAAAUUGGCAUCUGCCCCAAACAAUGAACAUAAUAUAUAUAAAAAUAAUUCAGCUUUCAAUAAAUUUACAAACUUAGAAACUGUUAAUUCUAAUAAAAUUCUUAAUAAAGAAGAUAUAAAAACUCAAGCCAAUAAAUCUACAGAUGAAGAUAAAGUCAUUGAACGAGCUACACAAAUUGUUAUGAAAAAUAAAUCUUUCAGACCUAAAGACCGUGGUAACAAAGGAUUAAAAAAUCUUCAAAGUGUAAAAACACUUGCAGGACGAAUACAAGUACAAGGUUCAAUUAGCAGUAAAGCUCGUAAACAACCUCUUACUGUAACUGCUCAGUUUCAAAUGUCUUUAAAUAGCCUUAUGGAUACUCUUAAUCAAGCAAAUCCAUUUUUUAUUCGAUGUAUUAAAAGCAAUAGUAAUAAAGUUGCAAACAUGUUUGAUCAUGAUACUGUUCAAAGACAAUUACGUUAUACAGGAAUGUUAGAAACUGUGAGAAUUCGUCAAGCUGGAUAUAAUGUUCGACUUAGUUAUGAAGAAUUUGUUCAACUUUAUCGAAUAUUACUACCUAAAGGACUUAAUAGUAACUCUCAAGAUGUUCAAAAUUUCUUAAGAACAUUAAAUUUAGAUCGAGAUAAUUAUCAGAUUGGUGAAUCAAAAGUAUUUUUACGUGAGUGUGAAAAAUUAAAACUUGAUUAUAGACUUCACCAACAAAUAAUGGCAAGCAUUGUAACUAUACAACGUUGGUUUCGUACACUAUUACAACGAAGACAAUAUCUUAGAAUUACAUGGGCUACAGAAACAUUACAAUCUUGGUGGAGAAUGAUAUUGGCUCAAAGGCUAGUUAAUAAAAUGAGAAUGGAUGAAUCAGCUGCUGUUUAUAUACAAUCUGUAUGGCGAAAACAUAGAGUUGCAACUUGGUAUAAGAAUUUACGAAGAAGUGUUAUUACUUUACAAGCUCAUUCUCGAGGUUAUUUAGCUCGACAAAAAUUUUCAAAAAUAAAAAAUACGAGGAAAAGUGUUUCAGCUCCUCAAAUUAGCAAUUCUAAAGAUUCUAGUCAAGAAGAACUGCAUGAUUCUGAAAGUAGUGGAGGAGCAAAAGGUGACAGUGAAUCAGAAGCUGACCCAUUUGUACAAUCCAAAAUUAUAAAUAAUAUUAAGGAAGAACAAUUUAAAGCCCCAAAAAGAAAAAUAUCAUCUCGUCUGAGAAUAGAAUCCCAUCCAACUGAUGUUCAUAAAGAACGUUUUCACAAGAUUGAUGGUUCAACUCACGAAGGAACAGCAUUUAGUGAUAGUGAAUUAGAUGAUACUCAUGUAAAACCACCAGUUGUUUGGAAACGAAGAGAACGAACCAUUGAUUCCAAUAAACGCACUUUACUGACCAGAACUGCUCAUGUUACCUCUGAGCCAAAUCCUCCAAUCCGUUUAUUUAAUCGACUUCGUGUAUCUAAUACUGAACCAGCACCAGACAAUUCUAUUAUAAAUGAAAAAGAAUUAAAAAGAAGAAACAGUGAUGGCUCUACUACACAUUCAGUAAAAUCAGAUGAACCAAAAUUAACAUAUUCACCAUCUUUUGAACUUCUGGAAUGGAAAGGUACUACCAUGUUUACAAUAGCAGGCCACCGGUUUAGGAAAUUAGGACGAUUUACUCCUCAAGAUAAAUGUACUUAUUGUAAUAAAUUGAUGGAUGCCUUUUUAACUCAAGGACACAAGUGCUCAGAUUGUAAAAAGUUAUUUCAUACAAAAUGUAUUCAAAAUGGCGGUGUAUUACAAAUGCCUUGUAUACAACAAAAUGGAAGUAAUCGACCAACUAACAGAAGAAAACCUAGGAAACCAGCACCUUCAGGCAAUAAAGCUCAUAUAACACCAAACAUAGCAAAUAACCAAAAUACUACAAUAGGGAAAUUCAGUUUAACUGGUACAUCAGAAUUCACAGACCGUACUGACAAGAUUAUAUCUGAUGUACGUGAACUUAAAAUGAUGCAAGAUUUUAUAACUAAAAAGCUGUACAAAAUUGAACGUGAAGAAGUUAAAAAACCAUCCCAAGUUGAUAAAAUAUUUAAACAGGCAUUACGUGAAUUUAAAGAAAAUCUUAUAGCAACUUAUAGUGUUGCUAAUAAACAAGGGAACGGUCAAGUGCUCAAUAUUAAAUAUAAAGAUUUAAUUGCUAAUUUCUUACAUGUAAUAGAAACAGUAUGUGGAAAUGAGAAAAUCCAAGAUGAUUUUCCAGUAACUCUUUGUGUUAAUGCAUUUCGUGGUUUCAUGAAUGAAUUUAUGAGUCAAAAUCGAGUUGAAGCAGAAAAGCCCAGUAAAACAAAACGUAAAAAAGAGAAGAAGCAAAAGUCUGAAGACCACAUUAAUCAUGGUGGACAUAUGUUACAAAUGAGUAUGAUCAAUAUUCCUACAGCGUGUGAAGUUUGCACUUCAUUCUUUUUGUGGCCAAUUGAAAGAAGUUUGGUGUGUCGAAAUUGUAAAUUGACAUGUCAUAAAAAAUGUUAUACUCGUGCAAAUCAAGAAUGUUUAAAAGACAUGAAUUCUUCUACUACUAACAUGCAGUCAAAGGGAGUAUGUAUUGUUAAAGGCAAAGUUUUUGGACGUCCUUUAGGUGAAUUAGAUUUAAGUAUGGGUAAAGUUCCAGCUGUUGUUGAAUGUCUUAUAACUAUCAUUGAAAUGUAUGGAAUGUACACAGAAGGAAUAUACCGUAAGCCUGGGCUUACAACACGUGUAAAUGAACUUAAAGAGCUUAUUGACAAUAAUGAUGUGAGCAAAAUUGAAUUUGAAAAAUAUCAGGUUCAUGUACUUGCCAGUGUAUUGAAGUCAUUUUUACGUGACAUGCCAGAACCAUUAUUAACAUUUGAUUGUUAUGAUGAUUUUAUUCGUGCUGCUAGUUUAUCAGAGGAUCGUGUCUCAACAUUAUUUAACAUUUUAAAAAAAUUACCAAAAGUCAACUAUGAUCUAAUGGAGAGACUUGUUUUUCAUCUUGCUAGAGUUGCAUUGCACGAAAAUGUAAACCGCAUGAAUGCUAGUUCAUUGGCAAUAGUGUUUGCACCAUGUGUACUAAGAACAAAUAAAUUAGUUCCUGCACAAGAGUCACUUAGAGAUAUUGAACAACAAACACUUUGCAUCAGUUCUAUAAUAAGCCAUCAAAUGGAUAAAAUCAAAUCAACAUUGGCUGACAUUGAUACAUUAGAUACUGCACAUCAUACUGCCACUCAUCGGCUAUCUUCUUUACGUAUUUCAAAAGUGUAUGGACCAACUGAAGGACCCAGUAAAAUGGAUGAAGAAGAAAAAAUGCUGGUUGGACAAAUUCAAGAAAUCAAGAAAGAGAAAGACUUUUUGACCUCUAACUUACCAAGUUUGCGACGCACAAAUUCAGAUGAUGACCUUUUAUCAACUGAUGAUGGAAGUUUGGAUGAUGUUGAUACUAAUACACUUAGUAGUAGUCGUAAAGCAAAACUGAAAAAUACUUCAAAAAAAUCCAAACGUUCAAACAAUAAUACAUUGGAUAGCGAUGAGGAUCCAAUUAUGGUUUGAAUCUUUGAACAUAGUAAAUUAAUUAAAUUUUAUAAUGCAUUUUGCUUUGUAUUUUUUAAAUAUAAAUGGUUAUGUGUGCAUUUUAUUUUUUAAGACUUGAUAAAAAUACUUAAGUUAUCCCAAAGGCUGUUACUUUUGUAUAACCUGUUGUUUUGUAUUAUAUUUUUGUCCAUUGAAUGUUGGUUAGUUGGUGCUAUAUCAUUGUUAUUUUAUUUUUUUAAUUACUAUUAUUAAUUUUUUUAGUAGCCUUAUAAAAAGAAAAACGUUUGUUUUCACCUAAAGACUGUUCUUCGAUCAGAGUUGUGGUUAUUUUGUACUUCUAUUCUUUAUUAAUACUUAUUUAGAAUUUCAUUUAUUAUGUUAAAUGACACAAAUUAAUUUUAU